GAAGUUGCGAUCAAACGUAUCACCAUGCCGCUCCACAUCGAGAGGCUCUUAACAGAGCUGUCAAUCGAUGAGAAAAUUGCCCUUGUUUCUGGCACAGACUUCUGGCACACGGCCAGCAUUCCUCGAUUGCAAAUUCCAUCGAUACGGCUUUCAGAUGGACCUAAUGGUGUUCGAGGAACCAAAUUGUUCAAUGGCGUUCCAGCAGCGUGCUUCCCAUGUGGAACCGCAAUUGGUGCAACAUGGGAUGUGAAGCUUGCACGAGAAGCGGGAGAGCUACAAGGAAAAGAAGCCAUCGUGAAAGGCGUUGCCGUCAUUCUUGGGCCAACGGUGAAUAUGCAGCGAUCGCCGCUCGGAGGCCGAGGCUUUGAGUCAUUCAGUGAAGAUCCCAUUUUGUCAGGCAAGCUUGGUGCUGAGAUUGUCAACGGCAUCCAGUCAACUGGUGUGUCUGCUGCAAUCAAACACUUCGUUUGCAAUGAUCAAGAAGACCAAAGGCAACUGGUUGACAGCAUUGUGACUGAGAGGGCUCUCCGAGAAAUUUAUUUAUUGCCUUUCCAGAUUGUACAACGAGAUGCUAUACCAAAGUGUUAUAUGACUGCUUAUAACCGCUUGAAUGGCGUACACUGCAGUGAAAACCCUGCUUUGAUACAGGGGAUUCUUCGCGAGGAAUGGGGUUUUGAUGGUCUCGUGCUAUCAGACUGGUUCGGUACAUAUUCUACAACUGAGGCCUUGAAAGCCGGAUUGGAUUUGGAGAUGCCAGGGCCAUCCCUUGUUCGUGGUAGGCUUAUCACACGAGCAUUAAGCUGCGGCAAGCUAUUGCCACAUGAGCUCGAUUGCCGAGUCCGUGAAGUGCUCAAGUUGGUCGAUCAUGGAAUGGCAUUGAACGUUCCGGAGAAUGCACCCGAGAGGACACUUGACACCCCCGAGACAGCAAAUUUGCUCCGAAAGAUUGCUUCGUCUUCCAUCGUUCUGAUGAAGAACGACAACAACAUUCUCCCUUUCACCACGGGAAAGACUACCGCAGUUAUUGGGCCGAACGCUGCGUUCGCCGCUUACUGUGGAGGUGGUUCAGCCGCUCUUUGUCCAUAUCGUGCAGUUUCUCCUUUGGAAGGCAUUCGGAGCCAAUCAAAGUCAGUCCAGUAUACUCUAGGAUCGCCGGGGUGGAAAAGAUUACCUUUGCUUUCAGGCCUAUGUCAGAGUGCAAAUGGCUCGAUGGGUUUAGACAUGAUGGUCUAUCUCGAAGAUCCAUCUAUCAAAAACAGGAGUCCAGUGGAUCACAUUCACGUUAGUAACUCCGAAGUGUUUUUGAUGGAUUAUAAGAACCCCAAAAUCAAAGGCUACCUCUACUACGCCGAUUUCGUUGGAACACUAAUUCCCGAAGCUUCUGGCCAAUAUGAGUUCAGUAUCACUGUUGCAGGAACUGCGAAACUCUAUGUCGAUGGGCAAUGCGUGGUCGAUAAUGCCACCAAGCAAACCCGCGGGGAUAGCUUUUUUGGAACAGGGACGAUUGAGGAGAUUGGAUCAAUCUGGCUUGAGGCCGGGAAAUCUUACAAUAUUCAUGGUGAAAUGGGAACAGAUCCAACAGUCACAUUUCAACGUCCUGGCGCCAGUGGUUUCGGCGCUGGUGGAGUUCGCUUUGGGGCGGCCAGGAAGUUUUCCCUCGAAGAAGAAAUCGAAAAAGCUGUUAAAUUGGCGAAAAGCGUGGAUCAAGUUGUUCUUUGUGUUGGCCUCAAUGGUGACUGGGAAAGUGAAGGCUACGACCGACAGAACAUGGAUCUGCCACCAGGAACAGAAGAGCUGAUUGACGCCGUGCUUCAAGUGAAUCCUACCACAGCGAUUGUGGUCCAAUCCGGCACACCAGUCACUAUGCCUUGGAUUGAUAAGGCACAAGCACUGCUUCAGGCCUGGUACGGGGGGAAUGAAACUGGGCAUGCUAUUGCUGACGUGCUUUUUGGUGCCGUUAAUCCUAGCGGAAAGCUGCCUUUGACUUUCCCCGUUCGCAACGAGGACAAUCCUGCCUAUUUCAAUUUUCGCAGUGAAGCCAAUCGAGUGAUAUAUGGCGAAGAUGUUUAUGUGGGCUAUCGAUGGUAUGAGAACUCUAAGAAACAGGUACUGUUCCCUUUUGGACAUGGCCUGAGCUAUACCACAUUUAAGCUAUCUUCGCUGUCUAUUGACUUUGAAAGGGACGAGGUCCUUGUGUCGGUGAAUGUCGAGAAUACGGGUAGCUAUGAUGGCGCAUAUGUUGUGCAGGUUUACGUCUCGCCACCACAAUCCCAAGUCAACAGGCCGCGAAAAGAGCUAAAGGGAUUCUCAAAAAUAUUCCUGCGUCAAAAAGAACAGGAAAAGGCUUUGAUUCGCAUGAAUCGAAAGCACGCGACUAGCUACUGGGAUGAAACACGUCAUUCUUGGAUCGAAGAAGGAGGAAAGUACACUGUCUAUACUGGAGACUCCACCUCGUCUACUCCUUUGAAGAAGACAUUUCACGUUCCUAGUACAUCCUGGUGGUCGGGAUUGUGA